AUGGGCGAGGAGGAGAAGAAGCCCAAGGAGGAGGAGAAGCCCAAGGAGGAGGAGCCGAAGAAGGAGGAGAAGCCCAAGGAGGGGGAGGAGGACAAGCCCAAGGACGACAAGCCCAAGGAGGGGGAAGGGGAGGGGGAGAAGCCCAAGGAGGAGGAGGCGGCGCCCCCGCCGCCGCCGCCGCCGCCGGAGGAGGUCGUGAUGCGCGUCUACAUGCACUGCGAGGGCUGCGCCAGGAAGGUCAAGAAAAUCCUCAAGAGAUUCGAUGGAGUAGAGGACGUCAUUGCCGACUCUAAGGCGCACAAGGUGGUUGUGAAGGGAAAGAAGGCGGCCGCCGACCCGAUGAAGGUGGUGGAGCGUGUUCAGAAGAAGACCGGCCGCAAGGUGGAGCUCCUCUCGCCUUUACCCCCGCCGCCGGAGGAGAAGAAGGAAGAGGAGAAGGAGGAACCUGAGCCGCCGAAACCUGAAGAGAAGAAGGAGCCAACGGUGAUCUCCGUGGUGCUGAAGGUGCACAUGCACUGCGAGGCCUGCGCGCAGGCGAUAAAGAAGAGGAUCGAAAAGAUGAAAGGAGUGCAAUCUGCAGACCCAGACCUGAAGGCGUCGGAAGUGACGGUGAAGGGCGUGUUUGAGGAGGUCAAGCUGGCCGAGUACGUGCACAAGCGCACCGGCAGGCAUGCGGCCAUUAUCAAGUCCGAGCCGGUUGCCCCGGCCGAGAAAGCCGGCGAAGGAGACGCCAAGGAUGAGAAGAAGGCAGCCGAAGGCGGCGAAGAGAAGAAGGACGACAAGGAGGAGAAGAAGGACGACAAGGAUGGCGCCGCAGACGAGAAGAAAGAGGAGAAAGACAAGGAGGAUGGAGGCGCCGGCGGCGAGGAGAAGGAGAAGGAGAAAGACCCCGGCGCCAUCGCCGCAGCCAACCUCUACAUGCAUUACCCGCAGUUCGCCUUCCCGGGAGGGUACUACCCGCCGAGGCUGGGUUACGCCGCCUACCCUCCGCCGCCGGCCUACCCGCCGUACCCGCCGCAGAUCUUCAGCGACGAGAACCCGAACGCCUGCUCCGUCAUGUAA